GUGGCAGCAGGAUCCUGGUUGUCCCGGUGGACGGCAGCCAUUGGGUGAACAUGGAGGUGCUGCUGAAGGAGUUGCAUUCCCGUGGGCACCAGCUGACCGUACUGCGCUCCAACAGCAGCUGGUACAUCCCCGAGAGCGCCCCCCACUACACCUCCGUCAGCGUCAGGCUGAUGGAGGACGAGCUGGACCUCAGCUUCUACGACAACAUGGUGCAGCGGGUGCUGGAGAUACGCCGCAUGGGGCCGGUGAUGCGUUUCCUGUGGCAGCAGGCGGAGAUGGCCUCCAUGCAGGCGCUGGGGCACGGCAUCUGCGCCAAGAUGGCCGCCCUCAUGCUGGAGGACUCCGCCCUCAUGGCGCGGCUGAGAGACGCCGGCUUUGAGCUGGUGUUGACCGACCCGGGCCUGCCCUUCGGAGUCCUCCUCGCGCAUUACCUCCAUCUGCCCCUGGUCUACAACGUGCGCUGGAUGAACACGGGGGACAGCCACUUUGCCAUGGCCCCCUCUCCGCCAUCCUAUGUGCCGGUGAGCGGCUCGGAGCUGGGCGACAGGAUGGACUUCCCGCAGAGAGCGCAGAACCUGCUACACUACGCGGCUGGCUUCCUGCAGGAGCGGCUGCUGAUCGUGCCGCUGUACCGGGACCUGCUGCACCGCCACUUCCCCCCCGGCUCCGACCUGCUCUCCAUGCAGCGCUCCGCCCACCUCUGGCUCAUUCGCUCCGACUUCGUCUUCGAGUUCCCGCGCCCCACUGUGCCCAACGCUGUCUACGUAGGGGGGUUCCAGUGCCGGCCGGCGCGGCCCCUCCCAGCCUGGCUGGAGGAGUUUGUGCAGAGUUCCGGGGAGCACGGCGUGGUGGUGAUGUCGCUGGGCACACUCGUCUCCACCCUCCCCGCCCACAUCAAUGAGGCCGUCGCCGCCGCCUUCGCCCGCCUCCCGCAGAAGGUGGUGUGGCGGCACACGGGCCCCGCCCCCGUCGCCCUGGGCAACAACACCCUGCUGCUGGACUGGCUGCCUCAGAACGACCUGCUGGGCCACCCCAAGACCCGCGCUUUCCUGGCGCACGGCGGCACCAACGGCCUGUACGAGGCCAUCUACCACGGCGUGCCCGUGCUGGGCCUGCCGCUGCUCUUCGACCAGUUCGACAACCUGCUGCGGCUGCGGGUUCGAGGGGCUGCGCGGGUGCUGGAGGCGGCCACGCUCUCCGCAGAGGAGGUGCUGGAGGCCCUGCGGGACGUGCUGGAGAACCCCUCCUACCGGCGUGCCUUGCGGGGGCUGUCCCGCCUGCACCGCGACCGGCCCCUGCCCCCCCUGCGUAGUGCCUCCUUCUGGAUCGAGCACGUCCUCCGGCACGGGGGGGCCUCACACCUGCGCAGCGGGGCCUACCACCUGCCCUGGUACUCCUACCACAGCCUGGACGUGGUGGCGCUGCUCCUGACACUGCGUUCCCUGGUAACAACAAUGUGGAAUGUGCAUGCCUGUAAAGGCCACUACGAAGUGCCACACAUCUUAUGUUUCUUGAUAAGGAUCAUCUUUUAACAUUCUCUUUAUUUCUAUUUGAUACCAACCUCCCCUUUGAUUUUAUUUAAUUCUUGUUUCUCUUUCCAUUUGCAUGUUCUACCCCUUCUUUUUUUAUCUCCCUCCAUUGACCCUGUAUCCCCCCUCUCUCGUUCCCCCUUUCCCUCUCUUCAGCUCCGCUCACUCCUUCUACCUCCGUAAAAGGAUAUCAGCUCAUGGUAUUAUGCCACAAGAUUCCCCACGAGUCCCGCGAGUUCAUCUUCGGGUUUUCCCCAACUUUUAGCAGUUUUGUAAAUGAGGAAUCAAACAAAAGAUGUGAACUACUGUCUAAGCAGAGUUCAUUGAUCGUCAUGGCGAUAAGAAACAGCACACUGAUGCAUGUAAACAGUGUGGCAGAACCACCAUGGGUCCAGUGCGCCCACGCCACACAGCGUGACAUAGGCCUCUCUGUGAAGGAGCUCACAGCGUGACACAGGCCUCUCUGUGAAGGAGCUCACAGCGUGACACAGGCCUCUCUGUGAAGGAGCCACACAGCGUGAC